AUGGGUGGUUCCUUGAAACGAAAAUCACAGGCUCUUGGCUCUCAGAUUUCACGGACAAUCAAAAUGGCACGUUUUAGUGCUUCUCCAUCGCCCAUAGAAUCACUCCCAAACGAUUUAUUGAUCGAAGUUCUAGCAAAAGUUGCAGCUUCUUCAUUCACCGACUUAGUCCAGGCCAAACUAGCCACUAAAAAAUUUCUCGAAGCAUCAAACCACAACUACAUAUUCCAGCACGCAUCUCUUGAAAACUUUCAGAAACUUCUAUGGAACAACAGCAAAGAGUUUUGGUCGUUCAUGGAAAAAUGCAACAAUAACGGAAACCCAGAGACUUUAUACCAAAAGGGAAUGUUGAAAUUCUUCACUCAUUGUAGAGGAGCUUUUGGAAUGGUAUAUUUAAAGCUUUCUGCCCAAAAAGGCUACCCGGAUGCUUGUUACGUAUACGGCAUCAUUUUGUACGCAAUGAGUAUGGAGGAUGAGGGAGUGAAGUUCUUGAAGAUUUGUGGGCAAAAUUAG